CACACAACAAAAACACACAUACUCACACACUUUUUUUUUUGUUUCUUUCUUUCUUUCAACUGCGAACGCCUCAACAGAAAAAAACCCAUUAAUUUAACACACACAUAUGACAUUUAAAUCUUGAAAUAACUUCACCCUCCGGUCACCGGAAAUAUAUAUAUAUAUAUAUAUACAAGAUAAAAAAGCGGAGCAAAAAAUGGGAAAAUAUAUGAGAAGGAAAGCAAAGACAACAAAUGAAGUAACUUUAAUGGAAGUUCCAUCUUUUAGCGGCGUUUUAACUCGAGCUAAAACCUUGGCACUUCAGAAAGCUGCUGACGGCGCCGGUUCUUUCAUUCAGCUCCGCAGCCGGCGGCUUAUUAAGCCGAGCUCACCCAAGAAACCCAAGAAAUUAUUAGCUGAUAAAAACCUAGAAAUUGAUAAAAAUGAUGAUGAAGGUUCAUUUGGGGAAAAUAAUAUUGAAAUUGAAGCUACAAAAAGGACCACCCGAGAGACCACACCGUGUAAUUUGAUCAGGGAUCCGGAUGUCAUUAGGACUCCCGCUUCUUCCACAAAGCCAACGAGAUCUACUAAUGGCAAAUAUAGAGUAGAAAACACCAGUGCUACUCGCAUCCCAUCAACUAGUGAAAUGGAAGAGUUCUUCACCGGACCAGAGAAGCAGCAGCAGCAAUUGUUCAUAGAAAAGUACAACUUUGAUCCCGUGAAUGACAAGCCCCUUAAUGGACGUUAUGAAUGGGUGAAACUGGAUUCUCCCGAGAAAAGUUAAUAACUGAUUAUCAGGUCGUUUAUCAUUAUGGUUUUUUUAUCUUUUUCGGUUGGACUUUUAAUUAGCAUAGUCGAAGAUAUGGGUAGAAAUAGAUUUAGAUUUUAAUCUAUAUGUGGGUGAUGGAAGAAUAUAUCUUAAACUCCCGUCAUUCUUGUUUCGUUUGUAAAGAAAGAAGCAGGACCCAUCAAAAAACCCGAAUGCAGAAGAAUGUAGAUUAGAAGAUCUGUAAUUCUGUAGCAUAAGCAAAAAAAAAAAAAAAGAGCUUCUAACAUAAACAGAUCAUCUAAAAGAAGAUAAUGGUGGUUGUCUUUUUUAUAUUAAAAAGGGGGAUCCAAUGACUUUUAGGAUGAUUUUUAGUCCUUAUGAUUGUCUAUAUUUUGUAUUGAUGGAAGCUUUGAUCCCUUCUUUGCUGAUAUAAAUUGACCCUUUUCUUCUA